UUUGGUGCUGAUUUUGGCCCUUUCUGCUCUGUUUUGUGCUGGUUUUUGUUACUUUUGUGCUGUUUUUUGUUAAUUUUGGGCUGGUUUUGGGCUGAUUUUGGUUCAUUGUGGUCUGUUUUUGUUACUUUUGGUCUGACUUUAUCCCUUUUUCCCCGUUCCUGUCCCCACCCAGGCGUGGCCGGCGCGCUGCGCUCGCUCUGGGCCAAGGAGCCGGUGAUCGCCGCCAGCUUCGGCAUCGCCGCCCUGGCGCUGCUGUCGCCGCUGCUGAGCCCGUACAGCAAAUACUCGGGAAUGAUCAACCAGGCCACGCCCUACGCCUACCCCGGUACGGAGCCCCGGAAACAGCCCGGAAUAUCCCUGAAAACAGCCCGCAACAGCCCUGAAAACACCCUAAAUUGGUGCCAAAAUGUCCCUAAAAGUACCCUAAAAUAGCCCUGAAAACAGCCC